UAAAUUUGAAUAAACUAAUAAAACACAAAUUUUCAGUUAAAGAUUUCCAGAGUAUAUGAACAAUAUUGAGUGAUUAAGCUGUUUGUGUACCGUUAUAUUCAAAAAUUGCAUAAUGCUUCGUUAUGGAGGGAACAAAAUGCCCGCACUAACUAACCAACCGCCUUUCAAAACCCUACUCUCUUACUUCCAUUUGAACAAAACCCUUCCUUUAAUUCAACCCUUACAUGCCAAAAUUCUCACCAAUGGCCUUCAAUUUUCAUCUCUUUACGCCUCGAAACUCGCCAAUGUGUAUAUUGAACUGGGUUUUCUUCGAUCGGCCUACAAAGUGUUUGAUCAAAUUACCCACAAGAAUCUCUACUCUUGGAACACAAUGCUGUCCGGAUACUCGAAAAACAAUCAGUCGUUUGAUGUUUUAAGGAUUUAUAAGAUGAUGAGGAGUGAUAUUGGUAGGAGUGAUAGUUUUAAUUUGGUGUUUGUGAUCAAAGCGUGUGCUGAGUUAUCGCGUUUUCGAGAUGGGGAAGCGGUUCACGGGUUGGUUGUUAAGUUGGGGUUUGAGAGUGAUCAGUUUGUUGUGCCUAGGCUUAUUAAUAUGUAUAUUGACGUGGAGUGUUUGGAUGAGGCGGAGAAGGUUUUUGAUGUUUGUUGUGAGAAGGAUUUGGUGGUUUGGGGUUGUAUGGUGAAAGGGUGUCUUAGAUUGUGUAAGUAUUUCAGAGUUUUUGACUUUGUUCGUAGGAUGAUAAUGUCGGGUUCUGAAAUGGAUACGUCUUUGUUAGAAAUGCUUGUUCAGGCAUGUGGAAAUGUGUUGGCGGGUAAAGAAGCAAAAUCGUGUCAUGGUUACCUUAUUAAGAAUAAGUUCCUAAAUUGUGGCAUCAGCUUGCAGACAUCGAUUAUAGAUUCGUAUAUGAAAUGUGGGUUUUGUGAUCUAGGUGUAAAAUUAUUUGAGGAAAUACCUGAGAAGGACGUCGUUUCAUGGACUGCCGUAGUUGCUGGAUUCACAAAAUUAGGCAGAGGUUUGGAGGCACUUGGAUUGUUUAGACAGAUGUUACGAGAGGCUGUAGCUCCAAAUCCAGUCACAUUUUCCAGUGUUAUUUUGGCUUGUUCGCAUAUGGGGUCUUUAGAACUAGGAAAGAGUGUUCACUGUUACAUGUUAAGACAUGCGAUUGAAUUAGAUACGGUGAACUAUACCUCUUUUGUUGACAUGUAUGCUAAAUGUGGUUGUAUAAUGAUGGCGAGCAGAGUUUUUAAUCUUAUGCCACAUAAAACUGUUUAUAGCUGGACUGCAAUGAUCAAUGGGUUCGGAGCCCAUGGUAUGUACUCAGAAGCAAUUAAUCUCUUUGACGAAAUGAUAUCUCAAAACCAGCAACCGAACUCUGUUACUUUUGUUUCGAUUCUCUCAGCUUGUAGUCAUUCAGGAAAGGUUGAAGAAGGAUGGAAGUAUUUUAAUAUAAUGUGUAGAGAGCACGGAAUUGUUGCAAAAGAAGAACACUUUGCUUGCAUGGUGGAUCUCUUAGGUAGGGCAGGGAGGAUCUGCGAAGCUCUAUCUUUAAUAGAUAAAAUGCCUAUGGUCCCUGGAGCUUCUACAUGGGGAGCUCUGUUGAGUGCUUGUAAAAUACAUAAAUUGGUCGAAUUAGCUGAAUAUGUAGCCAAGAAACUCUUACCAGUAGAGACCGAUAAGUCUUCUGUUUAUGUUUUACUUUUCAAUAUAUAUGCCGAUGCAGGAAUGUGGGACAAGGUGAAGAAGUUAAGGCUGAGAUUUGGUGAGAAGGGACUCCAUAAGAGUGCUGGUUUUAGCUCAAUUGAAGUCAAUGAGAAGUUAUAUGUAUUUACUUCUAAAACUAAGCUGGCUUCUUUAUUUACAGAACUUGAGAGUGUUUGGAUUUCUGUGACCGAGCAAAUGAGAAUAUUUGGUCAUGUUUAUGAUAUGAGUUUUAUCAUUAAUGAUGCAGAAGACAUUGUGAAGAAAUAGAAUUUGUUUGGUCAAUGUAGCAAACUUGCAUCCUCUCUCCCAAGUUUGUGAUAGAACUGGCGGUCAAGAGCCAAUAUCUUUUGUUAACGAUAAAAUAUUGUUAGACAGAAGCAGCUGCCUUGAUAGGCUUCACGUUUCCAGGUAUAAGGAGGCCAUGACAUGCUGCUUGGUACAGAGCGUGCCUUUCGUCUAACAAAGCAUGUAUAAUUAUAAAGGGUAAGGGCCUGCAAGAUUCGCUGCAAUUCACAAAGUGUUUGGUGCUAGUAAUGUUUCCAAAUUGUUGUUGCAUGUUCCUGUGGCGGAUCGAUGUGAAGCUGUUGUUACCAUUGCUUAUGAAGCUCAAGCAAGAAUUCGGGAUC